ACCGUUUUGAUGUACAGUUGAAGCUAAAAGUCUUUCCGAAUACGACGUGUGUUGAUCAUUCAAAAUGAACAAAAUAUUUAUUUUUGUGAUUCUUACAAUUAUUAAAUUAACAUUAUCAGUGAACAGUGAUGAAGGAACUUUCUUGUAUUUCGCAUAUGGAAGCAAUUUAUUGGCAAAAAGGCUGCAUAUCAAUAAUCCAUCCGCUGUAUUUUAUUCCACUGCGAAAUUAAAGGAUUUUAGACUAGAUUUCAAUAUAGAUGAUGACGUAUGGAACGGGGCAGUCGCCACCAUUGUCGAAGAUCCCGGUGAAAUAGUGUGGGGCGAUCUGUGGUCUCUACACAAUAGUGACUUGAAACAUUUAGACAAUCAAGAAAUGGCUGAAGGCUGGUACUUUGCUAAAAACGUAACAGUAACAACAUCAAACGGUACUGAUAUCUUGGCAAGGACUUAUGAACUGGUGGAUAAUCCUGCUAAACUACCUGAAGGUGAAAUCAUCCCUCCAGGAAGACGGCCAUCCAUCACUUAUCUCAAGGUAAUUAUUGCUGGAGCUAUCGAAUCAAACCUGCCACCUGAAUACAUCGAGUAUCUCAAAAAUAUCCCAACCAACGGCAAAAUUGGCACCGGAAAAUUAGAAAUCGACUCGGGUAUCCAUUUAAUACAACAACGUUAGAAAUAUAAUAAAAUAAUUUAUUUUAUUUGUAAGAUAUUUUGGUUCUUAUUACUUAAUUAACUACUUUCCUAAUAUUUUUAACCAAGUGGUAGCUAAUAUUUGAUAACUGUAAUUUAUCACAAGGCUAACCAAACAACAAGAGAUAAAAUAAAAGUACUUAGCUACGAUAAGGCGGCGGCUAUGAAGAACUUCACAAAGGUCCAAAACAUAUCCAAAAUAUCAAUAUAAAGUUUCCCCUAUAGUGUA